UUGUUUUCUGUUCUUCCAAUCUAACCAAUACAAGAAAAAUCAACUCAACCAAAGCUCCCAACUCCCACACUCUCUUCUCUCAUUCCAUCAUCUCCUUUCUUCCAUCUCCUCCUCCCCACACUACACAAUCUCUCCAAUGGCAAUUAGAAACAGAAAGCUCUUCCCCUCUCUUAUGUCCACCAACGAAACCAUCUACUGCCCUGACUUAUGUGACCCCACCUGCCCCUACUACGACUGCCGGAACCCCGAAUACUACUUCCCUCUACCGCCCCCUCCGCCACCGCCUCCUUCCAGCCCCGGAGCCGCCCCCAUCUCCCCGUCCCUCAUCACUGCGGUUUCCCUGCUCUCCGCCUUGUUCAUCCUUCUCGGUUACUACGUGAUCAUUAGGAAAUCCUGCUUCCUUCGCAGGUCGAGGACCAACCACCAGCCGCCCCCAUCGGACGUUGGAGACGAGGAGUUCCUGGAUGAGAACCGCGUGGACCACCCAAUCUGGUUCAUCACGACGGUGGGGCUGCAGCAGUCGAUCAUAAAUGCGAUCACUGUGUGGAAGUACCGGAAAGGAGAGGGGCUGAUCGAAGGAUCGGAGUGCUCCGUCUGCUUGAAUGAUUUCCACGAAGGUGAGACCCUGAGGCUCUUGCCGAAAUGCAGCCAUGCGUUUCACAUUCAGUGUAUCGAUACCUGGCUCCAGUCCCACACAAAUUGCCCGCUCUGUCGGGCUAAUAUUGUGGCACCAAGCUCGGCCGGACAAAGCACUACCAGGGCACAGUUGGAGCGGAUGGAGCCGCACGGGGAGGACUUGGAUGUGAUCAGAGAUAACCAGAUGGAGAAUCUAAGGGGAAACAGUGGAACUGUUGAGAAUCUGGAAAGAGAUGGGGUUCUCGGAAUCGGGGGAGAAACUGGAGAAUUGCAAGGAGUUACCAUAGGAGAAGUUGUUCCGAAAGAUCAUCAUACUCAUGACGAGCUAGAGAUGCCAGAGGAGAUCGAAUUAGAGAGGAUCUCCGUUUCACAUUCGACCGAUGAUUCCUCCUCCUCCUCUUCUUCUUCGGAGCAACAAGUCCAUGUCGAAAUUCGAAACUCUUCUGCUCCAACUGCUGACCUGAAGCUAGAUGGUGAAGCUAAUAGUACACACAUACUCAAGAUGGUUUCAGCUGCGGAUUCUUCAUCAACCGAAAAAUCUAUGGCAAGAUCUCACUCGUGCGGUUCGGGGUACUUCUUGUCCCGACAUAGCAGGAACUGGAGCUCGAUCCUUCCUUUCUAGAGUUAUGAAUAUAUCAAAUCGUAAAGAUCGCAGAAAAUUUUCUGUAUGCGGGACUUCCCUCGGGCGGAAACGUCUCCUGUUGUGUCCAGGACUUACCAUAAUGGGCUAUGAGAAAUAGGAGAGAGUUUCCAGCAUGGAGAGACUGGAGCCAUGCAUAGUGUAUACUUUGAAAUCUAAUGUCGAUAUAGGAAAAGAUCCAAACGAGGGGGAAAUUUGGAGCUGCAACCGUUAGGUUUCAUUUUACGGAUUGCAUUGAUGCGAAACGACCUCCUCAUGUGUACGUGUAAGAAUUUUUGCACUGAGGUGGGUGUGCUCUCGUGUAUAAAGCGUAUGAUAUUCCUUUGAAGACGGAACCUCAACUUAAGAUCGGAUUGUAAGUACAGCCAAUGUAAUAGAGUAAGCAAUUCAUGAUUGGACUGAUUAAUUUGUCA